AUGAAGAUUUUGAUGCUUCACGGAUCCCGUCAAUCGGGUGAACUGUUUCGAGCAAAGAUCCAAGGGCUAGAGAAGCUAGUCAAGCAAGCCUUGGGGCCAGUCGCGUCCAAAGAUACAGAGUUUAUUUACCCAACAGCUCCACUCGCCCGAGAGGUUGAAGAUGGAGCCUCAGAUCUACGAGAUCGCCAUGGCUCAUGGACCUGGCUGCAACCCGAGACAAUUGAUGAUUUUUACCCCAAAAUAAACGAGACCUUGGCCUACAUUGCGACAAUUAUGAAAGAGUCUGGACCCUUUGACGGUGUAAUUGGGUUCAGCCAAGGUGGUGCAUUAGCUGCUAUGGUCGCCUCGCUUCUUGAAGAGAAUAGAAAAGAAGGAUUUGCACGUGCAGAAGACAACGCCCUGUUAUAUCCCAAUAGCUUUGCGGCUCUUGAUCAUCCUCCGCUUCGGUUCUUCGUUUCAAUUGCAGGUUAUGCUGCGUCGAAUCCUGCUUACCGAGCAUUUUAUGAGCCACCCAUCCAAAUACCGAGCUUGCAUCUCUUAGGAAGCAUGGAUACCGUGGUGGAUGAGACAGCCUCAACUAAACUGACCGAAAUCUGUGAGAAUUCGACUGUUGUUUGGCAUCCGGGUGGCCAUACUAUUCCCAGUGGAAAACGACAACUCAUUCCAAUUGCAUAUUUUAUCAGUUCAACACUUAAGGCAUGA